CAGCAGGGGUCCUCCGUGGGAUUGGCGCGGUGGGCGCUAGCCGCUGGCCGCCAUUUCCUGACGUCCCUGGAGUCGCGGCCCCCUCCUCAUUUUAGCGCUCCAUUCGCCUUGGUCCCGCGCACCGUCGCCGCCGCGCCGCGGUCCCAGCCCAGUGACAAAAAUGCUGAGCUUCUUCCGUAGAACGCUUGGGCGUCGGUCAAUGCGAAAGCAUGCUGAGAAGGAAAGACUACGAGAAGCUCAACGAGCUGCUAUCCAUAUUCCUGCAGCUGGAGAUUCUAAGUCUGUCAUCACAUGUCGGGUGUCCCUGCUGGAUGGCACUGAUGUUAGUGUAGACUUGCCGAAAAAAGCCAAAGGACAAGAGCUGUUUGAUCAGAUUAUGUACCACCUGGACCUUAUUGAAAGUGACUAUUUUGGACUGAGAUUUAUGGAUUCAGCUCAAGUAGCACAUUGGUUGGAUGGUACAAAGAGCAUCAAAAAGCAAGUAAAAAUUGGUUCACCCUAUUGUCUGCAUCUCCGAGUUAAAUUUUAUUCCUCAGAACCAAAUAAUCUCCGUGAAGAGCUAACCCGAUAUUUAUUUGUUCUUCAGUUAAAACAAGAUAUUCUCAGUGGGAAAUUAGAGUGUCCCUUUGAUACAGCUGUUCAGUUGGCAGCUUAUAAUCUGCAAGCUGAACUUGGUGACUUUGAUCUUGCUGAGCACAGUCCUGAACUUGUAUCUGAGUUCAGGUUUGUGCCCAUUCAGACUGAAGAGAUGGAGUUGGCUAUUUUUGAGAAGUGGAAGGAAUACAGAGGUCAGACACCAGCACAAGCUGAAACCAAUUACCUAAAUAAAGCCAAAUGGCUGGAAAUGUAUGGAGUUGAUAUGCAUGUAGUUAAGGCUAGAGAUGGGAAUGACUAUAGCUUGGGACUAACCCCGACAGGAGUUCUUGUUUUUGAAGGAGAAACCAAAAUUGGAUUAUUUUUUUGGCCCAAGAUAACCAGAUUGGAUUUUAAGAAGAAUAAAUUAACCCUAGUGGUUGUAGAAGAUGAUGAUCAGGGCAAAGAACAAGAGCAUACAUUUGUUUUUAGACUGGAUCAUCCAAAAGCUUGCAAACAUUUAUGGAAAUGUGCUGUGGAGCAUCAUGCUUUCUUCCGCCUGCGUGGCCCUGUCCAAAAGAGUUCUCAUAAAUCAGGAUUUAUUCGACUGGGAUCGCGAUUUAGAUAUAGUGGGAAAACUGAGUAUCAGACCACAAAAACUAAUAAACCCAGAAGAUCAGCAUCCUUUGAAAGAAGACCCAGCAAGCGAUAUUCUCGGAGAACUCUACAAAUGAAAGCAAGUACAGCAAAACCUGAAGAACUCAGUGCUUCCAAUAAUGUUUCAUCCCAGAAUAAUGGCUCCCAACAGGCUUGGGAAGUGAGAUCUACUCUGCCUGUGGUUUCUCCUGUUCCCUCCGGUCCUAUGCUGGUGGAGAUAGAGAAUCUUCCAAGGAGUCCUGGAACAGACCAGCAUGACAGGAAAUGCUUACCUCUAAAUGGCAGUUUGCUAGAUAAUCCAGAUAGUUUGGAAACAACCACUGAUGAUGUCAUUAGAACACCUGACACUAGGGAGGAGUUCCAAGCGCCAGAGGAAAUUAAUAAAGACACCAGACAAACUGGAUUAAAGGAACCAGAAGAUGACUGUGGGACAUUUAAAGAUGCCUCAGAGAAGCUCAAACACCUUGAGAUGGAGAACAAUCCUUUGCCAUCUCCUCCUCCCAGUAUUGAUGUUAACAUCAACAGCCAGGAGGAAGUGGUGAAGUUGACUGAGAAAUGCCUUAAUAAUGUUAUUGAGAGCCCAGGAUUGAAUGCCAGGAGAGUUCCUCCUGACUUGAAGAGUAAUAUUUUGAAGGCUCAAGUAGAAGCAGUGCAUAAGGUUACAAGAGAAGAUAGUUUAUUAAGUCAUAAGAAUGCCAAUAUUCAGGAUGCUGUCACAAGCAGUGUUGUAUCAAAUGAGAAUAAUGUGCCACUUCCUGAAGAUUGUCUUGCUCUGAUACAUACACCUGUGGGAAAUGGCUCUGUUCUAAAGGAAGCUACAGAUGAAUUGGAUGCCUUGCUUUUGUCUCUAACUGAGAAUCUAAUUGACCACACAGUUACACCUCAGAUAUCUUCAACAUCCAUGAUUACACCCCGGUGGAUUGUACCACAGAGCAGUAUCCUUUCCCAUGAACUUGCAGGAAAUGGAUCAUCCUUGACCGGGAAGGAAGGACACGGUAACAGCGAAGUCAUCUCACUCAUCUCUCCCCCAGCACCAUUCUUGGUGGAUGCUGUGACCAGCUCUGCUCCAGUUUUGGCUGAAGAAGCCAUCUUGAAGCAGAAGUGUUUACUGACAACUGAGCUCUAAGGGAUUGUGUUCUUCCCAUCUUUGACUGGAAUGCCUCACUUUCUCCAGCGUCUACCUGGGAAUCAGUUUCCACUGGAAUGUGUUGGAUUCAGAAACUAAUUUGUCCUCUACUUGUGGGUAAAAGAACUCACUUAGAUUUGACUUAAAUGCCGUGAAAAGGCAGCUACAUUUUCUGUCCAACUGGAAGAAUUUCCAUUAUACUGCAUAUUUGCCCAAAUGCAGAUAUUUGGUUUUUCAUGUUCAAUAGUUUUAUUUAAGUUGUAAAUUUCUAAGACAGCAAUUAACCUUCCCUGUCUUGUAGUCUUUCAAACUCUUGGCUCCACCUAGUGGCUGUAUGGUUAGUUCAAGUGCCUCAUGAUUAGUUCAUCUCUGUUAACAGCCUUUUGAAUAUUAUUUCUCUGUAGCAUAAGGAUGAGUGUCCUUGAUAUGACUGCCUACUAGAAAUAUUGUACUUUUUCAUGCAUUGAUUGGAAAUCAUGAAUUUAGGAAAUUAGCAAGGGAGUACUUAAGGGCUAGGUAGCUUUUUACAAUUAUUACAGUGCUAAAAGGAAGUUUAGAAUACAGUAUUUUCAAGGGUCUCCCAUACUUUUGACUUCUUUUUUUAAAAGAUUUAUUUAUUUAUACACACAGAACUGGAGUACAGGUUAGAGGU